AUGGGGCGCUCUUGUAUUCUUUUCCUGUUUUCCUUUUUCACGGGAACCAGAUUCUGGAAAGGACCCACUGUACCAGCAUUUACACCUUCAGUGAAGCACAGAGCAAGGAAAAGAGCUGUUGAACUCACACAACAGGUUAGCUGCGACAGCUGUUUUUCUGUCUUUGGGAGAUUUGUCUGUUCUUUUCUCUUCACCUCUCCUUCAAGGAGAAACUGUCAUGGUCUCAGGUUUCUGUCCCAGGAUGGAACCCAGGGCCCUAAAUCUAAAAGCAAAUGUAUGUCUUCUCUGCUCUACCUUCAGUGA